UCUGCGUUUAGUGAAGCUAGGAGACAAAAAGGCGAGGCUCAAGUAAUUGGCUAAAUUUUCCUCUGCAAUACAUAGAAUUAGAAUCGCAUCCGCUGUUGUUAGCGUUGGUGGACAUUGGUCUCCACACAAUCCAUGGCCUCCUUAUCCCUCUCAUCGCCUCCUUCGCUGUCUUCCUCGCACCACACUGCCUCUAUCAACCUUUUCCUGCGCUCACCUAAUUCCAUCAAACUCCGCACCUUCCCCCAUAGAGCCGCCGUCUCCGUCAAAGCCCUCUCCGCCCCCGUCCUCACCCAGGAUGACCUCAAGAAGCUCGCCGCCGAUAAAGCCGUCGAGUACGUCCGCAGCGGCAUGAUCCUCGGUCUCGGCACCGGCUCCACUGCCGCCUUCGUCGUCGCCAAGCUAGGCGAGCUCCUUAAGUCCGGUCAAUUGAAGGACAUUGUGGGAGUCCCCACUUCCAAGCGCACUGAAGAGCAAGCCCGCUCUCUUGGCAUCCCUCUUUCCAUCCUCGAUGACAAUCCCCGUCUUGAUUUGGCCAUCGACGGCGCCGAUGAGGUUGACCCUGACCUUAACCUGGUCAAAGGCCGCGGUGGAGCUCUAUUGAGAGAGAAAAUGGUGGAGGCUGCCUCCGACAAAUUCGUCGUGGUUGUUGACAACACGAAAUUGGUGACCGGCCUUGGCGGAAGUGGAUUGGCAAUGCCGGUUGAGGUGGUUCAAUUCUGUUGGAAGUACAACUUGAUCAGGCUUCAAGAGUUGUUCAAGGAAGAAGGAUGCGAUGCGAAAUUGAGAUUAGACGCAGACGGAAAACCCUAUGUGACCGAUAAUUCGAAUUACAUAGUAGAUUUGUACUUCAAGACUCCGAUUAGGGAUGGGGUGGCUGCCGGAGCUGAAAUAUCUGCGUUGGAAGGCGUUGUGGAGCACGGACUGUUCUUGAAUAUGGCCACUUCCGUGAUAAUAGCUGGGAAGAGUGGAGUUGAAAUGAAGAACAAGUGAUCGAUUACGUCCUGCUCGUGGCGAGGACUUCCAUAACUCCUCUGUAGCUCGGAUUUUAUCUUCUUGUUCCCUAUCCACUGAUGAUUUGAGCUGCUUGCCAUUAAUCUCAAACGGGUAGUGUAGGUCCUUGUUUCUCAAAUCUUGCUUUUCUUUAAAAAAAAAAAAAUUGUACCUUGUUGGAUGUAUUCUGAUGAACCCCAUGAGAUCAAUAAAUAUAACGUUGAUGGAA